AUGGAGCUGGCGGAACAGAUUGACGAUUCGACAUUCUGCACAAUGAAUGACGAAGCCCCCACCAGAAUUAUGGGCACUUGUAAUAGCUCGCUCGAUAUUACCAUCGCUAGCGGUGGUCUGAUAAAUAGCAUAACCUGGCGACCUAUGCUAACUCUCGCAUCAGACCAUCUGCCCAUAAUUAUCUCGAUCGAGAAACUUCCCUACUUUAUUUCUGUGGACAACCGCACCUUCAUUAACUUUAAUAAAGCUAACUGGGUCGGCUUCACAGAAUUUACUGAGAGUACCUUCAACGCACUACCCAUUCCUACGGACGUCAUCGUUGGCGAGCGUCAAUUCCGCAAGGUGAUCGCUGCUGCUACCGCUCGCUUCAUACCGGCUGGAAGAAUCGCGGAACUCCGCCCAAAUUUCUCCGCCGAAGCAGCUGUAAUAGCAAACGAGCGCGACACCUUACGCCAUGCCGAUCCCUGUGAUCCCUGAAUAAGGAAUCUUAAUUUGGAGACUCAGCAAAUGGUAAACCAACAUAAGCGGACCAAAUGGGUGGAGCACCUGAAGUCCUGUAAUCUCUCCACCGGUGUGAGUAAGCUUUGGAAUACUGUGCGUAAAAAUAGCUUUGUCAGAGAACCGAUUUUAUCCAGCGCUACCAUAUGCGACUGGUACAACUACUGCCGAGAAGCUGUAGUAUUAUACCAAGUGGACCAUCAGGAGAAGUUGGGUAAAAUUGGUGGCCCUGGGAAAAAGGUACAAAUUGACGAAAGCAAAUUUGGAAAGAGGAAAUACAACAAAGGCAGGAGGGUGGAAGGUCACUGGGUGUUGGGAAUGGUGGAAGAUGACAGUGAGGACUUGCGGUUGGAGGUAUGUCCUGACAAUGUCAGGUCUGCUGAGGUGCUCAUACCCCUGAUUGAAAAACACGAUGCGUUGGGCACAAUCAUUUGUACCGAUUGUUGGAAGGCGUAUGAUUGCUUAUCAACUCACGGGUAUGAGCACCGUCGGGUAAACCAUCGCGAUCCUGACAAUCCGUUCGUUGCGGAAGACGGGACGCAUACCCAACGAAUUGAAUCCCAGUGGCGGAUAGAUCAUGGCCUGAACAAGAAGCCACCCUGCGAGAGGACGAUCCUCGUAGCGUUGGACUUGUCAAAAGCUUUUGACACAGUCACUCACACAACGCUACUUGAGGAGCUAGAACAAUCAACGCUCCCUCCAGGGCUGAAGCAGUGGACUAUGAACUACCUGAGCGGUCGGCAUUCAUCCGUACUGUUUCGAGGUCAAAACUUCAAACUUAGAAAAAUUAAACAG